AUGCCGCAGGUUUCUUCUGCGGACCUCGCGGCCUUGGCGGCGGAGGAUCAGGGGACGGCGCUCUGGACCAUUGUCACCACAUUCUCGGUGCUGGCGCAGGUCGCCGUCGUCGGUCGGCUGUGUGCGAGGCGUCUUAAGGGGGCGUCGUUGGCCGCCGAUGACUACCUAAUCUGCCUCGCCCUGGCCCAAUCCUGGACACUAUUUGGCUUGUUCAUCGGAUUACGGCAAUAUGGACUCGGCAAGCACCGUGCCGCCGUGGUCCAGGACUCCCUCACGACAUUUUACCGCUUCCUCUACUACUACCAGAUCGUAUACUGCAUAACACCGCCGACGAUAAAGCUGUCUUUGCUCUUCCUCUAUGGGCGAGUCUUUCCGUCUGCCCGCUUCCGCACCCUGCUAUGGAUCACAGGCGCGAUAGUAGCGGUCUGGGGGGUUGCGUCGUUGUUCAUCAGUAUAUUCGACUGCAACCCCAUCGAUGGAUUCUGGACGCGUCGAGGGAAAUGCAUUGACUACAAGAUGUUCGGAAUCGGCUAUUCCAUUGUCAACAUCGUCACAGACUUCGCCGUGUGGCUGAUGCCGAUACCCAUCAUGUGGAGGGUACAGCUGCCGCUGGCCCAAAAGAUUGCAUUGAGCAUCAUCUUCUUGCUCGGACUCUUGUAA